CAGUGAAAACAGAGAAGAAGAAAAAGACGGCGAGAAACCGUAGAAGAAGACAGAACACCUCCAGGAGAAACACAAACGCAUGGCUGGGAAUCUCUCACGCUUCAGGCAGAGAGUGCCGUCAUGACGAGGUGGGCCAGAGCCAAUAACGUCCAUAAACACAAGCCAGCUGAGGCCACCCCAUGGAGUCAGCUGAGAGGAGGAAGAGGAAGAGGAGGGGGAGGAGGGCCUCAGAGGGACCAGCUGAGAGGGACUCAGCCUGGUGGAUCAGCUGUGAAAAAACCCAACCGACCCAAGAAGGAGUACCUCAACGAGGACGUGAACGGCUUCAUGGAGUAUCUGCAGCACAGCGGACAGCCUCUGCCCAGAGGGGAUAAAGGAGGGAUGGAGGGGGAGCGGGAGCUCAGGGAGGAGGUGGAAACGGCCCUGAAAAAAGACAGAAGAAGAGAGGACAGGAGGGUGAAGAGGCAGAACGACAAGAAGAACAAAAUGCUGUGUUUUAACUGCAGGAAGCCCGGUCACGGUUUGGCCGACUGCCCGGAGGCGGACAGAGACGAGGAGAUGGGCCGAGGCAUCUGUUACCGCUGCGGCUCCACCGAACACGAAAUCCAGAAAUGUCGAGCCAAAGUGGACCCUGCUCUGGGUGAACACCCGUUUGCUAAGUGCUUCAUCUGCGGUCAGACUGGACACUUGUCGCGGGGCUGCCCUGAUAAUCCCAAAGGACUUUAUGCACAAGGAGGCUCCUGUCGUGUUUGUGGUUCAGUGGAACAUUUUCAGAAGGACUGUCCAGAGCACCAGGCUGCAACUCACACAGUGACAGUUCCCUGGUUGUCCAAUAACAUGAGUGCAGACUAUGAGGAAGUCCAUGUCCCAGUGAAGAAAGCCAAACCCAAACAGACCAAAGUGGUGAAGUUCUGAUCUGCAGAGAUUCUCUACAGCUGAUUGAUCACUGGGACUCUGCUCAGGAGCUUCUCUCUUUCUGGACUCUGAUAAAUGGACUAAUUACCUGCUGACAUGCAGUGAAAAUGUGCCUCAGACACAUUCUGACUCUCUUUGUGUAUAUUUGAAAUCCUUUUAAUAAAAACAUGUAUCAUAUA